CUAAUGACUGCAUGCUCCAUCCAUGCGAAAUACUGAUAGCUGGAUUUUUUAAUUAAAUAUACGUCGUCUCUGUCGCAUAAAAUUUAGAAAGAUCGAUAUGUUUUAUUAUUGUUUCAAUUAAUACGUAAAUGUACUUACCAUGCAUGCAGGUGACAAUCGUGCAUGACACAUUCCUCUUCUUAUCAUUAUUUUUUUUUCUUGUCAUUGUUGUUUACCUCGGUUGUUUUCCACCAAGUGCGUUUCACAAAAUUUCUUGCCUCCAAAACUUUGCUGUAAAGAAGAGAGAGUCGUUAUGAUUAUUUGGAUUUAGAGCUCAUGUAUAAUGAGUUACCCCUAUCAAUAUGAAAGAUGCCUAGAUAUAAAAUAUUUCCAGACAUGGAUCAAGGAGACUCGACUCAAGGGCGUGGAGAAUAUCUCGAAGGCUUCACUCUCCUUCUCAGCCUCACCGAAGCCUGUGGCGCAAUUCUUAUAAUCCUGGUGGCAGUGUGGACGGGCUAUUACAGGAACGGCUUCUCAUGGAGAUCCAAUCCGCAACUCGAAUUCAAUUGGCAUCCUUUAUUGAUGAUCAUAGGACUCGUAUUUGUGUACGGCAAUGCCAUGCUCUUCUACAGAAUACGCAGGAAUGUUCGCAAGAGACGACUAAAGCUGACCCAUGCAGGAAUGAUGCUGUUCAUCGUGCUGUUAAUGGUGAUAGCUUUGGUAGCGGUCUUCGAUAGUCACAAUUUAAAUCGUCCUGAUCCUAUACCGAACAUGUACUCGCUGCACAGCUGGGUGGGCUUGACGACUGUAAUAUUAUUCUGCUGUCAGUGGCUCGCUGGAUGUAUCUCGUUCCUGUUCCCUGGACUACAAGCUCCCUUGCGAGCCAGUUAUAUGCCGUUGCACGUGUACUUUGGUAUCGCGGGCUUCAUCGGCGCGAUUGCUUCCUGUUUGUUGGGACUCAAUGAAAAAGCCUUCUUUGUGCUAAAGAAUUACUCAGAAUUCGUGCCAGAAGGGGUGCUGAUAAAUUUUAUAGGAAUACUGCUGGUGGUGUUCGGAGGCUUGUGCGUGUAUCUGGUAACGCAGGAACAUUACCGACGUUUGCCAAGGCCCGAGGACGAUGUCUUAUUGUCCGGUUAACACGCACCAAUUCAAUCAAAUCAGUCCUUUCGGAUUCUCUCUCGGAUACAGCAAAGCGAAAAUUUCAGACUUAAUGGAUGUACCUACAGGUCUUUAGGUAUUGUAAGUUUUGUGCAUAAUAAUCCCGCAAAUAAGGCUGACCUGCUUAAUCGCAAUUGAUUCGUCCAUUGCAACACAAACGGGCAAUGUGAAUUGAGUGUUACUAUUUAUAAGUCUGAAUAUUUAACUUUGCAGCUUAAUCUUAUAAGCCAUAAUUUCUAUGGUGCUAUCACGGUGAAAAUCGCUUCUUUACGAACUGUUCAUAAUUUAAUGUUAAUGUGUUACUGGUGUUUAAAGUCUAAAAAACAGUGUCUCAUAUUUUUCCAUAAAAUUGUAGUGCUAUCUAUGCGUAUAAUAUACAAUAAUAUAUUAUACAUAUCUGAUAUUUAAUGUAUGUACUUAAAUUGUUGUAUUCUUUAUAAAUAUUUAAAUGUUUUUAAAUGUAAUUUAACUUCUAUGAAUGUACACUGUACAUAUACGUGUAUAAACGUGCAUUAUCAAUAUAUCUUAUCUUGCAAGCAA